ACACGUUGUGCCAGUGGACAGCCUCGAACUUAAAAGCCUCACGUUCAACUAGGGUAGUAUAUAACAGUCCUGCAGCGCGGUUCGUAACUUCUUCCCCCCUUACUCUGCACUUGGCCAGCACCUACCAUGCCCAUUGCAGCUCGCCGACCAAGUGAAGACAUACCCGUCAGCAUCGCCGCGAGCAUGGCAUCCACCCUCCACCUCUCCGACUUCGUUUAUCCCCAGGCAGCGAACCUCAUUGCGUUCGCACCCCUCCCCGCCAUCAUCACCCGCACCGCCCUCACCGGAGGCGCAUCCUUCCUCGACACCUUCUUCCUUGUGCCCGGCAUCCUCUCACAGCAAGAUGCCGUCAAAGUCAACGACGGCGAGUACCCUGCCACCGCCGCAAUGACAUCCGGAUACGUCUUCCGCGUCGAGAACCAGGCGACGGUCGCGUUUCUCCAGCGUGUCGGCAAGACAGGUCACCUCGUCGACGUCGACGUCUACAAGACCAACGACCUUUCGCACAUAGACCCCAUAGCGUCCCUCUCGUACCUCGCCGGCAUCUCCUCGACGAUGGUCGUCGCUGUCCUCCUCGUGGCGAUGAAAGACUACGCCGCACUGAUGUUCCUGGGCACGCUCAUGGCCGCACGUUUCCUGAAUGUUGUAGUCAUCAAGCGGCGGGCGACGCUGGGGUGGAAGGGAGUGAAGGAGCCGGGUCAAAUGGGCGACCUCAUGAUUCUCGCCAGCCAGGACCGCUGGAUCCGCAUGCGAGGCACCGUCGACGACCUCAAGGAGGUCACCGCGGGCUCCUGGCUUCAGGAGAUGCAGCCUCUCGACAGCUUCCUCGCCUGCACCGCGUCGCUGCUCAUGUACGGCUCCAUGGCGUUCGCUUGGAAGGCCUCCGCGCUCGGGAGCAUCCUGACCGCGGGCCUACUGGUCCUGUCAUCCGCCCUGCUCGGCAUCUGUAACUCUACCACGACCAAACUCCGCAUGUUUGGGUGCGUGGUCGGAAAGACGGGCGAGACUCCGUACGCGAGGCGCCGUGACAUGGCCGAUGACAUCCUGAAGCAGACUCAGGCGCUCGGCUAUGAGGACAACAGCUGGGCUGUGAGGUUGGGACUCGUCACGGAGAUAAAGCAGGACAAAAAGGAUGUGAAAUCGGUGAUUCUGUAGGCUCCAUUCUUGGUUCCGUAAGUCUAUGUACUUUGAUUCUAGCCUCUUGCUCUUCGCCGUCGUUAUAUCCCUCGAUCUGGAUUUGUAUUGUGGACGCCUCGGUAGUAGCUUUGUAUUGUGGAUGCCUCGGUAGUAGCCUUGUGUCGUGGAUACCUCGGUAGCAGUUUUUGAAGAUACCCUCCUAGAACGAUCCUAGCUAGUGCAACACUUAACUUCUUUGAGGAUGUUGACUCCCAUGCGGUGUUUAUAACAGUUCGAACGGAUCAAACGACUCGGAUGCGGUGUCAU